GCGCACGGUGACACCGCGCGGCCGCUUCUCGCCCGCCCCCGCGGGUGGCUGCCGGGAGCCAAGAUGGAGGCGGCGACCAGAGCGGGGCAGGAGAUCAGCUUGGCGGCCCUCAAGCAGCACGACCCGUACAUCACCAGUAUCGCCGACGUGACCGGGCAGGUAGCGCUCUACAGCUUCAGCCCGAAGGCUAACGAGUGGGAGAAGACUGACAUAGAAGGUACCUUGUUUGUGUACAAAAGGUCUGCUUCUCCAUACCAUGUUUUUACAAUAGUGAAUCGACUGAACAUGCACAACUUAGUUGAGCCAGUGAAUAAAGACUUGGAGUUUCAGCUUCAUGAACCUUUUCUUCUCUACAGAAAUGCUAGCUUGUCAAUUUACAGUAUCUGGUUUUAUGACAAGAAUGACUGUCAUCGAAUAGCAAAACUCAUGGCUAAAGUGGUAGAACAAGAAGCUCAGAGAUCGCAACAAGUUUCUCAGGACAGAAAAAGUCCCAGCAGAACAAAUGGCUGCAGUGAGAACAGGCCUAUUGACAUCCUGGAAAUGCUUAGUAAAGCCAAGGUUGAAUAUGAGCGAAAUCAAAUCAAUGAUUUAAGCAUCAUGUCAAGUUCUGGUGUGCAACAACAUGCAAAUGCCUCAAAGCCAGAAAGCACAGAGACUUCAGAACAAAAUACUUCAUUACAAGUGCAAGAUCAACCAUUUCAGUCAAGGCCAAAGCAUCUGACUUUAGAAGAACUCUUUGGGACCUCUGUACCAAAGGAACAGCCUUUACCUCUUUAUCCCAAUCCAGAGAGAAUGGAGAAGUUGCAGACUGACACCUCUGCCAGAGAGCAGCAAAACUUGCUUUUGCCUUUUUCCUUUGACCAGACAACAGUAAUACAACCUCCACAAGGGAAGUCGGAAAGUCCAAAUGUUAAAGCUAGUGCCAAUCCUCUGAGUCAACAGGAAUGUUUGACACCUAUGCUUAUACCUCCAGCCUCAGUUUCCCAGCCUGAUGUUUCAAGCUAUUCAGUUCGUUUAAGCCCUAUACUUAAUUCAUCCUCGACAAUGGAUGCUGCUCCUGCUCAAAUGCUUCCUGGCCUAAAACAAAACAGCAGUAUAAUGCACGUUAUGCAGCAAGCUGCCAAGCAGAUAACGCCACCAGUGAAUCAGCUUUCUGAAGUGAACCAUGCUCCGCAGAAUUUAAUGGCUGGCCAGAGCCAGGUUGUAACACCCUUGACAUCAGCAAAUACAGGAACUGUUUCAAAUACAUCCCAUACAAGUGUUGAUCUUCUCCAGAAACUCAGGUUGACCCCACAGCAUGACCAAAUGCAACAGCAGUGUAUCACUAAGACUUCCUUAACACCAAACAUCUCUGCCUCGAUUGGUCAACUUGCAACACCAGAAAGCUUCAAAGAAUCACAUAGUAAAUCAUCAACCUUGAACAGCAAGAAAAUCCCUUCCCUGCAGGCUGUACAACAAAACAAAGAACCAGAAGUAUUUCCACAGUCCAAGGCUUUACCUAAACCAAGUCAGGUUGCACCUCCACAGUUUGUUACAGCUACAACUACAGUAACUCCUUCAAUCCUCUUGUCUCCUAGUGUUUUUCAGCAGUCAGCUACAAAACCUACUGAUGUGGAAAAUAAAGCCAAUUCUUCAUCACCUUUAACACUUAGAACAACAGAAAUUCAGACAGUACCUCCUACUGUUCUCAGUAGGUCUCAGCUUCAGGAAGCACUGAUACAUCUAAUAAAGAAUGAUUCCCGUUUUCUCAGCACUAUUCAUGAAGUCUACUUGCAAGUCCUAACCAAGAAUACAGACAACAUUAAGCUAUAAUUGAAGCUAAAUCUGCUUAGAAUAUUUCCACUUUAGAAAUAACGAUGCCUCAUCUAUAAAACUAAUAUUUUUUUAAAAGAAUAUUUAGUUUUCAAUGUCUUGAAUUUUGAACCCGUUAGGAAAGAGUAUUCCUUAAAUACUUUAAGAAAGUAAUGUUCUCAGAAGUGAUUUAGGUUUUCACUGUGAUCAUCACCAGCAGACCUUUCUUUUUAUUGCGGGAGGGGAUUUAAUUUGCUUAUGAGCUUUCAUUUGCAUUUUUGAUCAUGCAGAUGUUUGCUCUGGCUUUUGUUCCUAGCUGUAUUCACCUUUCAAGGAUUACAGACUACAUACUACUUAAACUAGCACAUAUGUAGUAUAGUACACUACACCACACCAGAACAAGACUUGAUUUUGGAACCUAGUUCCAAUUCUAAGGUGAGAGCUGAAUGCCUUGUGAGUAAGGUGGCAGAUGUGGGGAAGAGAGGGAUUUGGAAGCCAGGCCUUUGUAGCUAAAUCUUUAAACAAAAGCUUUAAACAUAUGAUUUGCUGAGUACUUUAACAGUCUCUGCCUAAUGCUCAUCAAUUUAUCUUUUAAAUAUUUCAUUAAUCUUACUGCUUCAUGUUUGACAUAAAACAGAUAUCCAAUUGAGUAAGGCUGUUUUCUCUAAAAAGAUGGAAUCGGAAAUAUAUAAAAUCUUCAAUGAUUAUAUUAGUUUUAAGCAAUGGAAUGGUUCUGUUGUAAGUUGAGGUUCUUUCAGGUUAAGUGUAGGUAGGAGGCCAUCACUGGAAGACCACUUUCCUGUUCAGUAGUGUUUGAUAUGACUGAAAUACUUUGUUUCCCUUUUAACUUAAGGAUGGACCAUAUCUUAUUUGGAUUUCAUUUCUCAGUUGUAUUGUAACUGCAGUGUUGAAAACUAUGCAGAUGAGGAACAAUUGCAUGCUCCUCUCUUGGCUUCUCUCCAAAUUAUGUCUAUACUUCGUGUUCUGAAUUUUAUCUAGUUAACAUGUUACUGCUUUUUGUAUAUUAUUUCGUAGUUCAGCAAUGUAAAAAAUUUAAUAUCAUACUUUCUUAUUUGAAAUCAGAAAGAUUUCUAACUGUAUUUUUUAUGCUGCUGUGUUGGUUUACCCAUGGCUUGUAUUUAUUUCAUGAAGUUAUACAAAGGUAGUUAACAGGACUUCAGGUCUGAACUUUAUUCAGCAAUACUAAUUUUAAAGGAUCCUUUUGCAAUUUAAGAAAAAAAAUGUCUUGGUUUAUUCAGUAAAAAAUUACUCUGUAGUGAGUCCUGAUGCACUGCUUUUUUCCCCCUCCCUCAAGCGCUAUUGAAAUUGAAGAAAAAAAUUUAGUUACCUUUAAAAAAAAAAAA